AUUCCAGGCAUAUUUCCAAACGCCCUUCCUCCUGCUUAAGAGCUGCUGGUCUGCUGGUAAAACAGUAGCCCAGUGUGACAGCGAAGCAGAGAGGCAGCAGCAGCCAUGGCGAGUCCCGGGCAGAAAGUGGUGCUGAUCACCGGCUGCUCCUCCGGCAUCGGCCUGAGGAUGGCCGUGAUGCUGGCCAAGGAUGAGCAGAAGCGCUAUCACGUGAUAGCAACGAUGCGUGACCUGAAGCGUAAAGAUAAACUGGUGGAAGCAGCCGGGGACACGUACGGGAAAACUCUGUCUCUGGCUGUGCUGGACGUCUGCACCGACGAGUCCGUCAAACAGUGUAUUAACGGCAUCAAAGACCGACACGUGGACGUCCUCAUCAACAACGCGGGUAUCGGCCUCGUGGGUCCGAUAGAGAGCAUCCCCAUUGAGGAGAUGAAGAAAGUGUUCGAGACCAAUUUCUUCGGGGUGAUCCGCAUGAUCAAGGAGGUGAUGCCUGACAUGAAGAGGAGGAAGGGGGGACACAUCAUCGUGGUCAGCAGUGUGAUGGGACUGCAAGGUGUGGUGUUCAAUGACGUGUAUGCAGCCUCCAAGUUUGCCAUGGAGGGCUUCUGUGAGUGUUUGGCCGUGCAGCUGUUGAAGUUUAAUGUCACGUUGUCAAUGAUCGAGCCGGGCCCGGUGCACACUGAAUUUGAGGCAAAGAUGAUUCAGGACGUGACGCAGAAGGAGUACCCUGGAGCCGAUGCUGAUACGGUGCAUUACUUCAAGAACGUCUAUCUUCCUUCUUCUGUGGACAUCUUUGAGACCCUGGGACAAACGCCUGAUGACAUCGCCAAAUGCACAAAGAAGGUGAUUGAAGCAAGCAGCCCGCGUUUCCGUAAUCUGACCAACCCUUUGUACACGCCCAUCGUAGCGCUGAAAUACGCUGAUGAAACCGGAGGCCUGUCUGUCCAUGCCUUCUACCACAUGCUCUUCAACCUGGGUCCUCUAAUGCACGUCAGCAUGACCGCCAUGAAGUACCUCACCUGUGGAUGUCUAAGGAGCAGGACAGUUACACCAAACUAGAAACUUACGUCUUGUACACCAAUGUGUGCAACAGACCACAAUAAAGACCACUCACUACCUCGGCUUAGGAUGUCAGAGGAAGAAAAUGAAUACAUGCAUACAUGAACAUCUUUUGUGACCGUCCACAUUUCCCACUGUGGUCUGUUUUGUAAUGAACAGUCUUUGUACUAUAUUUUCUGCAAAGAAAAAUCGUAGCUUAUGGAUGUAUAGAUACCUCACAGUCCAGCGGAAUGCUAAUACAACAGUUUAUCAAACUGUUUUAGCCUACAAAGAGUGCCAAAUGAGUAGGGUUUGCACUUAUGAGACAACAUAUAGUCUGAUCUUAACCAGUCCCAAGCCACUUCACAUUUCAGACUGUUUGAAACUCUAGUCUACAUCUUGUUUAUUAGGAGCCUAUGUAUUUGCCUAUGUAUUUGCAUAUAUGUAAAUAUUUUUCAAAUUCUGUCAAUGUAUUGAAGAAACAGUUUUGGCAUUAAAAUUUGUCAUUUAUACCUUCCAGGAGUUGUAUUAGUGCUUCUGAUAGUGUUUUCAGCAAUUGUGGUUACAUACACAUCACUCAUGAUUGUGGUUAAUUAGCUAUAUGUGCAUAAGUUUGCUCUGUGUUUUCUGGUAGUGUCUCUGUCAUUUCUCACACGUGACAAACACCCACAUUUCAGCAAAAAUGUCUCUGUAGCUACUUUAGACU